UUGAGUAGGGGCGCUUCUCUGUUUCCGGUGGCACUGUUAAGAACUUAUUUUAACAGCCCGUCCAGCGGGAGUGACUGCGUUAAGACGUGUUGAUGGAUUCAGAUAUCAAGACUCUUCAUAUACUGCAUUGUUUCAGCUAAGAGAUGGAAAUGGUCUCCACGGUCCAGAACACCGACGUGAAACAGAAAGAUGCUGAUCGUGCACUUGUUGUCGCGGUAACGACUCGCGCGGUGUUUGAUGCCGCAGCUGGUGAUGUGUACGGAAUGGGCGUGGCUUUCCCGUUGCUGCAGUCGCUGCAGAAAGUGAACGAACGUCUGCUGGAGAAGAAUCCCGCUGAGUCGCUGCUGUUUGAUGUCGUCCUGAUCGCCACCGACAGCCAGCAGCAGAGCUCCCGCAUCAUCAGCAGCACCAGUCAUUACGGUCUUGAAGUCGGCCGGUUCUGCUUUUCCAGCCGGGAGGAUUUGGUCGAGACUUUAGUGGUAAAUAACGUGCAGCUUUUCCUCUCGACGGACAGAGACGAGGCGCUGCAGGUGUCACAGAAAGGUGUUCUCUCGGCGCUGCUCGGCCGGCAGGAAGCUCCGUCAGAGUCGCUCCGAGUGAUGUUGUGCGGGGACGCCAUCGUCCGUCCUGACUGCGACCCGGUGCCGGCAAGCCGAGGGGCCGCUCAGAGUUUCUCAGCACGGCUCGGCGAGAUGCGGGGGCGGUUCGGCGUGUCGGGCAGCCCCCUCAGCAUCGUCCUGGUGACGUCCAGCGGCGGCAGCAAGAGCUGCGGCGUGGCCCUGCAGACGCUGAGGUCCCGCGGCCUGAGCGUGGACGAGGCGUACUGUCUGGCCGGGGCCCCGCGGGGCCCCAUCCUGUCGCUGCUGCGACCUCACUUCCUGCUGGGCGACGGCGUCAUUGACCUGGAAGACUGAUGACAUCAUGAGAGGUCGUGCGGGGGGGGGUGCGGUCACAUGGCCUCACAAAAGCUCCACUGUGUCUUUGAAACAAGUCGCCAAACUGUCAGAAUGAACCGAAGUUCAGGAAUGGUUUCAGCUCGUUGAGCCAAUCCGGUGACAACUGAUGUACAGCUAAGCCCCGCCCACCACCAAAAUUUCAACCACAAGCUUGGACACUGGCACAGAGUAGUGGUUUGUAUAUCUUGUGUGAUGACUCUUUGUUUUGUUUUUUCAUUUCAGCUCCCUUAAUCAGAUGUUAUCAGUAAACCUGGGUGAUUUAAAAAAAAAACGGCUUUGCACUGUAAUUAACUCCAUUAUUUCUUUAAAUCUGUUAUUGAUGAGAAAUGUAAUGCUACUAAACUCGUUGUGUUGGACUUUUGAGUCUUAAUGCUCCAGUUUGUAAAUGUGGAAACGUUCUGUUACUUUGCCUGUUGGAUGUUAGCGCUGCCAAAGUCCUGAAAUGGGAUAUUUGUAUUAAAAUGUACAAAUCUCAAAAAGUUGUGGUGUUUACAAAGGUUAAGCAGAUAGAAGCACGGAACACCUGUCAGUAUAAACAGAGUUUAAGACAAACAACUGGAUUUUUGGCCUUUUAAGAAGGUUCAAAGGUCCUUGAAAAGGCAGCAGAGGUCCUUGAGAAGUUUAUAGGGAUUCUUAAAGAAACAACAGGAUUAUUCUGGGAAUCAAAAUCUGCUUUAUUAAGUCCCAUGUAUGCUUAAAACACCUUCAUUUCCAGAGCUCGUAGCACCAAACUAAUUCACUCACUAAAACACAAGUAAAACCUUCUGAAACAUCGUUUCUAGACCCUUAAUAUCUCCAUUCAUACAAGAUGAGACGCUUCAAAAUGCUUUUAUCUAUAAUACGGAUAAAUAUUGAUGAAUCGUCAUUAUAAUGUGAUUUAUCUCCUGCUAACAGACAGAUUUGACUGAUAUCAUCAGCAGCUCAACGCAUGGAUUCAUUCAGCAAAUAAUGUGCAAAUAAUCCAUUAAAUAUUAAAGGGUUUACUUGAA